AUGCUGCCAUCCGGAUGGGAAGCCGCUGUCGCGCCAGACGGGCGUACAUACUACAUCGAUCACAACACCCGAACAACCACCUGGGAAAAACCCGCAGAUGCACCGCCAGCGUACGGUGCCGCAUCAUCAGUACCACCAGCACAGGCACAAGCUGCCGCACCAGUGUCAACAGGACAACCCCAAGUCGUCAUCAACAGAGUAUUGCUUGACCAAGCUUCGCUCCAACGCCUGCAUACCGCCAUCUAUCCCAACCCCAUAACCCCUGGUAACUACUGGUACGAUUCUAUCAGUGGCGCGUGGGGAUUGAUGGGCGGACCUUGCAUCGGCAUCAUGCCGGCCGGUCUCGUACUCGGAGGACCGCUCCCCGCAGACGCAUCCGGGGGAGGAACGGGCGUCUUCAUCAAUGGGCGCGAAAUACACCCAGCGGAUAAAGCAGGACUGCAGGCCAUCGGCGUUACUGCGGUCCCCGGAAGAUGUAAAAUUGUUGCAAUUAUCAAUUAA